AUCUUGUUCUUUCAACUUCCAAGAUUUAUCUUCUCCUCCACUUUUAUUACCCUUUUUUUUUUAUUCUCAAAAUUUGUGGAUCCUAUUGAGUCUCCCCAUAUAAACUAUUAGGGUGGGGAUUUUUUGCUCUCAAACUCUAAAUCUUCAUCUUCAAGUGAUCAUCAACCAUGUCUGAUUCUGAUCCUUACUCUAAUUACUUCAAUGGGUGGUUCAAUCUCAACCCUUUUAACCCUUUUUUCCCAUCUCCAUCAUCUUCAACCCCACCUUCACUUGCUCCUAUCAAUGGCUACAACGGGUACCCUUCUUCCCCACCUUUGAAAGAAGCUCUUCCUUUACUCCCAACAAGGCAUGAUGAAGAACAACAACAACAACAAGAAGAUAGUUCAUCUUUUAGUGCAGCCAUGGAAAUGGAGAAAAAAAGCUUGGAAGAUAAUGAUGAAACCCUAACUGUUGCUCUUCAUUUAGGACUCCCAAGCCCUAGUUCUUGCUCUAAUGAUUUGAUGAUGGUGUCGUCAAGGUUUUCACCACAAGAAGUAACAGAUGAUAAAGAAGAUCAUACCAUUGUUGCUUCUGAGUAUCUUUCAAAUACACUCAACAAAGGUCAAUAUUGGAUCCCAACACCAUCCCAGAUUUUAAUUGGACCUACACAGUUUUCUUGCCCACUUUGCUUCAAGACCUUCAACAGAUACAACAACAUGCAGAUGCAUAUGUGGGGGCAUGGCUCUCAAUAUAGGAAAGGACCUGAAUCUUUAAGGGGAACUCAACCGACAGCAAUGUUAAGGUUGCCGUGCUAUUGUUGUGCGCCAGGGUGUAGGAACAACAUUGACCAUCCAAGGUCAAAGCCACUCAAAGAUUUUAGGACCCUUCAAACACAUUACAAGAGGAAGCAUGGGAUUAAAGCAUUUAUGUGUAGGAAAUGUGGGAAGAGCUUUGCUGUGAGAGGUGACUGGAGGACACAUGAGAAGAAUUGUGGGAAGCUAUGGUAUUGUAGUUGUGGGUCUGAUUUUAAGCAUAAAAGGUCUCUAAAAGAUCAUAUUAGGGCAUUCGGGAAUGGACAUUCAGCUUAUGGGAUUGACUCUUUUGAUGAAGAAGAUGAACCAGGGUCUGAUAAUGAACAAGAUAAUGAAUCCUCUCAAUGACACAUAAAAAGGUGUUCCAUAGUUUUAGCCUAUUGUUUGUUUUCUUUUUUUCCCUCUUUUACUUUUGGAUUUAGCUUCGUAGUAAGAGACUCCUCUUUGAUCAAAGGUGGACCAAGUUCUUGCAUGUAAUUCUAAUUUGAGGGGAUGUAGAAUUUAUCAUUUAAAUUUAGUUUUUAUUUAUUAAUAAA